AUGGAUGAGAGAGUAUCCUUACAUCACAGCCCUGAGAAGGAGAAAACUCUCAGACAUACUGGUUAUUUUGCUUCAUCACACACCGUGAAAAAAAUUUGGGUUGGAAUCUGCUUGCUUCUGGUGGAGAUGUGUGAGCGGUUCACUUUCUUUGAAGUCGUCUGCAAUAUGAUCCCCUUUUGCACUGUCAAGCUUGGCUAUCCCAAUUACCAGGCAGCCAUUUUGAACUUGUGUUUUAUUGGAACUUCAAUACUUAGCCCUAUGUUUGUGGGAUGGCUUGCUGAUGCCUGUCUAGGAAGAAACAAACUGGUAUAUGCUUGCUUAUGUCUACAUUUUCUAGGCACUGCUUUGUUAUCCGUGGUUGCUUUUCCCUUGGAAGAUUUCUAUAUAGGAACUCACCAUAUGAUUAACCAUAUACCAAAAGAGGAGCAGAAGAGGCUGUUCUACACAGCCCUGUUGACCAUCUGCCUUGGUACAGGAGGAAUGAGAGCCAUCAUUUGUCCGCCGGGUGCCUACAACCUUCAGGAGCGUGGGUCCCAGAAACAAAUGUCUUUUUUUAACUGGUUUUGUUGGAUCAUGAACCUGAAAGCAACUGUUGUCUUUCUGGGAAUAUCUUACAUCCAGCACUCAGGGGCCUGGGCCCUGGUUUUACUCAUUCCUUUUAUGUCUACACUAAUGGCUUUGAUAACUCUUCAUAUGAUGCACUGUAACUUGAUUUAUCAGCCAGAAAAAUGUUGCUCCCUCCUGACAACCUUUGGGGUGUUUAUUAAUGCACUGAAAAUAUGCUGUCUGCGCUAUUGCCGUCUUGCUGGAGAUGUGACAAGCUGGUUAGACCACGCCAAGAAAAAAAAUGGCGGUUGCUAUAGUGAGCUCCACGUAGAAGAUACAAAACUUUUCUUCACCCUUCUCCCUCUCUUCAUUUUUCAGCUCCUUUACAGAAUAUGCAUUAUGCAGAUUCCUUCAGGAUAUUAUGUGCAGACCAUGAAUUCCAACCGGAAUUUGGAUGGAUUUCUUCUGCCAGUUGCAGUAAUGAAUGUCGUCAACACCCUACCACUAUUAAUUCUGGCCCCUUGUAUAGAGUAUUUCAGCACUUGCCUCUUUCCCUCGAAGAGAGACGGAUCAUUUCUGUUGGCAUGCAUUAUCUCUGUAAUACAUAGAUUUGUUCCGAAUACCAUCAGAGGAACCUCUAUGAAUUUCUUGACACUGUUCAAUGGAUUUGGUUGUUUCAUGGGGGCAUUGCUGGUGGAGUUGGUAUAUCUCAUCUCAGAAGAAAUCAUGUCUAUGCAAUCAAAAAGAGACCGUGAAUUGAAUAGCAAAUCGUCUUGGAAAAUUUUUCCCAUAGAAAUUGAUCAGGAGAAACCCCAUCUGAAAAAUUCACGCGCAACAAAAAAGUAG